AUGGGCCCCUGUACCGCCUCCUCAUGCUGCUGCCAGGCCCGUAAUCUGCCAUGGGCCCCCGUACCGACUCCUCAUGCUGCUGCCAGGCCCGUAAUCUGUCAUGGGCCCCUGUACCGCCUCCUCAUGCUGCUGCCAGGUCCAGAGUCUCUCAUGGGUCCCUAUACGGCCUCCCAUUGCUGCUGUCUCCAUCGCCACACUCUGCCAUGUGCCACUUUCAGGUCUCCUCACACUGCUGGUGGUUUCCAUUUUGUCAUAGGGUGCUGUAUGGCCUCCCAUUGCUGCUGCCUCCACCGCCACACUGUGGCUCCACACUCUGGUUUUGGCCCCGUGACUGCCCAAAUGAGUGAAGUGUGCGGUGAUUCUAAGAUCGACGGCACUCAUCUGCAUGUCAUACUGACUGACAGUAUUAUUUCUCUUCCCCAGCAGACUCCAAGGGCAUUUAAAUUAAAGGUACAGUGUUCUGCACUAAUAUAA